AUGUUUCCGGGAAGACUUGUAUCGCGGAUGAUUAUGGGCGCGGAGCCUGGCGGGGCCGAGGAAGAUGCUUCGCAAAGAUAUUUCUCCCGCAGCAGCGGCGCCGGGGAUGCCGGCGCAACCGGCGGGGCCAUACCAAGCGCUUGGCGUGCGCGCAUUAUAUCGGCUCUUAGAUCGACGGACGUAUUGGAUGCCGAUGCGCUAAAUUUCUAUUACCAGCAGCAGCAGCAGCAGCAGGGGCAGCAGGAUCGCGAGCCGUGCUCCGCGCAGUGCGCGCAACUCCCGCCACUCAACAUGGCGGAAGACUCCCACAGCGCCCCCCGUGGCGAAUACCACCGCCAACACGGCGACGCGGUGCUGCCAGGCGAGGAACGGUGUGGCGCCGCUUUGCAAAUGCAUCAUGCCUUGCAGCAGCAGCAGCAGCAGCAGCAGGAACAGCAGCAGCAUGGCAGUCGUCGGUCGUCCACUAGCUCGUCAUGCGCUGCGGACGAGGUUGGGGGGAUGGACGCCGUCGCGUUGCUGCUCGCGAGCCUUCCGCAGCGCGAUUGCCAACCGUCCCGCCGCGUGCAGGCCGCGCCGCCGCAAGGCCUCGCGCCGAGGCACCCGCACGACCACGAACAGGUGGCGGAACAUGCGCUCGCGGCGCAUUACCGUAACGACCUGCAGCAGCAGCAGCAGCAGCAGCAGUCGCAGCAGCAGCAGCAACCGCGUCGAUCGUCCUUCGAGCUCCAACAUGACUUACAGAUGUCCGGACAGAGGAGCGUCGCCUGCGACGUGUGCGACUCCAUGACCCUCGGUUGCGACGCGAGCAGCGCCGGGAACAACGUCGGGAACAGCGCGAAUGGCGGCGGCAAUCGCGGCGGGUCUGAAAGGAGCGGCCCCGCAUCCCUCCGGCGGCAAGGCGGCGGAGGCGGAGGAUCGUCCGCGUCCGCAGGUGCAGGCGGCGGAAAUAUCACCAGCGGCGGCGGAGGCGGCCGCGGUGGUGGUGGCGGUGGCGGGUGCGGCGGGAUUCCCGACGUGGGCGGUCUGCGGCGCUUUCUCCCCAGCAACAACGACGACGACGGGGAGGCGGUGGACGGAUACGCCAACGACGAGUUCCGCAUGUUCGAGUUCAAGGUCCGCCGCUGCAUGCGCGGGCGCAGCCACGACUGGACGGAGUGCCCCUUCGCGCACCCGGGGGAAAAGGCGCGCCGGCGCGACCCGCGGAGGUACCACUACAGCGGAACCGCGUGCCCGGACUUCCGCAAGGGGACGUGUCGGCGCGGCGACGCGUGCGAGUACGCGCACGGGGUGUUCGAAUGCUGGUUACACCCGUCGCGCUAUCGCACGCAGCCGUGCAAGGAUGGGCGCAACUGCAAGCGCCGCGUCUGCUUCUUCGCGCACACGCCCGCGCAGCUGCGCCUCAUGCCCUCCGCGGCGGCCGCUGCCGCCGCCGCUGCCGCCGCCGGGGGGGACGGUUCCACAGGGGACGCCUCCGCCGCAUUUGGCGGAGGUUCUGGCGUUACUGGCGGUGUAGGAGCGGCUGAUGGUGGAAAGUCGGGGUGUAAUAAUAACGAACAGCCUAUAACGGGGACAGCGCUGGUCGUGGACGACUCGUCGCCCACGAGUGUGUUUCCGUGUGAUCUCGCCGCACCAACCCGGGGGUGUGGCCCCGACCGUGCUUGUGCAACAGCAGCAGCAGCAGCAGCAGCAUCAGCAGCAGCAGCAUCAGCAGCAGCAGCAGCAGCAGCAGCAGCAGCAGCAGAAGCAGCAGCAGCAGCAGCAGAAGCAGGGUGA